CCUCGCGGGGCAUGCCGGGAGCCGGCGUUCGGAGCGCGGCGGUUGCCAUGGAGACGGCGCGAGCGCAGAUGACUACAAGAUGAUGGCAACAGGACUAUGCAAAUUGGACAAUGGAAGCAGUUACGCAACCAACUGCUUCCCUGCCAGGAGCAUCUUGCGGACAAACAAAGAAGGGGCUGGUCACUGGCUGGUGGCACAUAAAUCUAGUCAGGAGAAAAGAGUGGUAAAAGUGGCUUCACUGUAUAUAUCAGCACUCCAACCCUGUAUAGCUGUAGAAGAGGUCACUGAGGAGAACGUCCUGGAUGGGCCAUUUCUGAUGAAGCUUCAUGGUGUGAAGACACCUUCAGAUCUGUGUUCUGUGAAUAUAAGCAACAAAAACCUGGCAUUGGUCAAAGAUGAUGACUUUGAGCAGUUUGACUCCGUUGCUUAUGUCAACGCUACAGAAAAUCUCUUGACGUUAGAGGCAUUCCGUAAAUUUCCAGGAUUACGGGAGCUGGAACUUUCCUUGAACGGACUGAGGCAUCUGAAAAUCCAGGCUGGGGAAUUUCUGACCUUGGAGUUACUGGACCUGUCUUACAAUAAUUUGUCUCCUGAGGAUGUUCGAGCAUUGGGAGUUUUGUCUCAACUCAAGGUUCUUCACCUGACAGCCAACGGACUUCAAUCUCUCCCUUCCGACUUGGUAGUCUCAGAGGAGGGUGGUUCUACUCCACCAAGGUUCCCUUCUCUAGAAAUCUUGUUGCUGGAUGACAAUGAUCUUUCUCACCCGAGUGUCUUUGUGAGCCUGGCUAAUCUUCGCAGCCUGAAGCAGCUGAAUCUGGACAAGAACGGGAUUUCGAAGGUCCCGUACCUGCAUCAGAAGGGGAAUUCCCGGUUCUCCCUCUCCCCUGACGUGGCCAAGAUGGGUACCAGAGCAGAGGCAGAGAGCAGGCUCCGGCAGUGGCACAAGCAGAGACAGCGAGGUGGGGCAGAUGGACACAAGGAGCCGAAGGAGAAGGGAGGACAACUGGAAUACUUUAUCUUACAGAACAGCAAGGAUCUAGACAGGACAGAGGUUAUCUUCACUUCAGCCUCUCGAGAGCCACCAUCUCUGGAUGUUUCCGAGAAAGGGAACGACCAGUCAUGCCCUGCUGACUCUGAGGCUCUUCCAGCAGCUUCCGUGAACACAAUGAACCAAGACUUUGUGCCGCCCUUUCCAGAACUGAGGUCUCUCAGCCUGGCCAACAACAAGAUUGAGAGCGAGGAGGAUCUGCUUCCCGCCGUUCUCUUUCCAUCUCUGCUGGAGUUGAGCUUCUACGGGAACCCCCUCAGCACUUCCAGGAGCGGUGAUCCACCUCUGCUGACCAGUUUCCUGCAGUGCAAACUGGGGAUAAAACUGAUCAGGAGAAAGAUUUCCAAACUUGGGAAGCUGCACAUCUGUAUUCCCCUCAAGGCCAACAGAAAGAUAACAUCUCACCUCCCAAAGGUGCCAAAGCAGCUGCUGAUGCUAGAAGCCCCACAAGAAUCCUCCUGGAAACUGUGCUUGGAUACCAAGGGAGCACAACCAGAGAAGUCCAAAGAAGGAUCACAUAAUCUGAGCCUGCCUGACCUACUUCCACCAAUUGGAUCAUCUUCUGUGGAGCAGAACAAGAUGCUUCCCUAUGAAGCCAAACUGGAGGAGCCUGAAGAAGGUUCCCCCAGCCUGAGCCUGGCAGAGGAGGACUCCAUGAUCAGAUCGUCUUUUGCAGAGGAGAAUGAGGCAUCCCACAGUGCCGAAACCCUUGGUAGCAACCGGGAGAUGCCAGAGACAGAGGACUGGGACUCUGAGGUUGGACCUGAAGGAGCUGAAGAGGAUGUUGAGUCAUUUUUCAUGACUCAGGUGGAUGGUGCAUCUGGUCCUCUUUGGCGACCUGAAACAGAGGAAAGACAUGCAAAGAGGAGCAAGCAGGGGAAAGGGAGCAGAGACCAGCACAUUCCAGCGAAAUACAAAGGUUACGAAGAACUGCUCGAUGCCAAAACUGACCCUGGUUUCCUUGAACCAGUCGGAAUCCAGCAGAACAUCCAGGCUCUGCAGCAUGCUCUCAGGCACCCCCUUGUGUACCGUGACUCGAGGCCAAGGCUGGACAGCCUGCAGAAACCCUAUGUGCCCAGGAGAAAGGUUGGGAAGCCACCUGGCCCUGCCCCUCGACGGACGAAGGCAGAGGUGCUGGAAGACCUCCUGGUGGCCAUGAGAUGGCCUGUGAACAUCACGGAAGUGCCGCUAGUGUCAGUGCUGAAGAAGAAGACGUCCAACCCGAAGGAGUACCAGGAGGCCCUGCGGCUGGUGAGGGAGUUCCAGAAGACGUACAAGGCCAUGAUCGCCAGCUCCAGCAAGACCCUUCCCAAGGAGUGCAGGAGUGUAGAAGGGUUGGGUCAGAGCCCAGGUGCAGGAGCUUUUGCCGAGAUCCAAGAAAGCAAACGGCAGCCGUGGGCUGUACCAGCAGCUAUGGCCAAGAUCCAGAGCCUCAAACAUUGUCCCCUGGUGAAGGGAAGUCCAUCUACGGGGCCAGCCAGAGUGAAGUUUGCUGCAUAGACACAUCUCUGGGAAACUGGAGCUUCUCUCUGUUUGCAUUGCUGGAAGAUGACAAGUGAGUUUUAGAACCAGUCUAUUGCAGCGGUUUGGAAACGCGGGGCGGCAAAAAGACAUGCACAACUCGGCCAGUCUUAGAUGGUGACAUCCAUGUUUGCUGGAGCAGCAGUCAUGUUUGCUGCUGUUUACAUCAUCACAGCUCCAAGCAUGGAAAUAAAGAGCACACAAACCUCCUGCA